AUGGUUCUAGAUCCAAUCAGUGGUAUCUUCAACGACGCCUUUGCCGUGGCGGGCAAUAUAAUUUUUAAAUCGAUCGUCGCAUGCGCCGUUGCGGCCAAGUUCAUUCUGAUCGUCGCCAUCUUGAUCUGGGAUCCAACCCGCAAGGUCAACCUCUACGAAAUCCUGUCGGAACUCAGAAUGCUCAUAGUUAGUGCUUGUCUGCCUCUACUGGCCGGCAUCCUGAUCGCUCUCGCACCCGUUAUGGUUUACUACAUGAUCAAGUUGUCAUGGGACAAAGAGCGCAGCCUCAGCGACAACCUGGAAAUGAUGUGGCGCCCACCGGCGAGUGCGGAUUCCAAGCCCAACAGCAACGAGGACGCACCUCCCACACCGUCGCAGCCAGAAAACGUCGACCAGCCGCCCAUCGAUCCUAGUCCCAAAGAAAUAGAAAAGGAAUACGUCUAG